AUGGAUCUGAUCUUCAAGAAGAAGAAGAAGCUUUUAAAUACAGAUACAACGAUGGAAACCUCACCGCAGCCUUCCAACCCGCCCAAAAGGCGAGGCCUCAAGCGCCGCAUCACCGACCUCCACGUCGACAUCACAAGCAUCCUACACGGCUACACCCCCACGCCGCACUUCCUCGCAAGCGACAUCACCGGCUACCUCCUCUUCACCCUCCUCGCGACAGACUGGCCAUCCCUCUGGCGCGCAAAGCUCUUCCGCGCCUUUCCCUGCGCCCAGACGGCCUCCGAGACCUUCUCCGGCUUCUGGAACGCCUUCUGGCAGGAACGAUGGCACCAAGAAGACGACGCCGAGUCGAAGACGACCAAGUGGAACCCGGGCUUGUACAAGUCGCCGCCGCCGCGGAUGCGCUCGUGUCGCGAGGUGCUGAAUCGGCAGCAGGCGUUGCGGAAUUGCUGCGCUGCGCAGAUGGAGGGGUUUGAGGGGCGGGAUGUGGUGAAGGAGAUGGUGUUGCAGGUUGCGCUGGCGUUUUGCUGGCUCUGGGCGGUGCUGAAGGAUUACAGACGGCUGCUCUGCCUGGUGCAUUCUAUAGAGACUGACGGAGAAGAGUGCCGCCGCGAGGAGGUUGGGAGGGAGGUGCCGGUGGUGGUGUGUAAAGGAGAAGGGACUAUGCCCGUGGCGCGGGGCGGCCCGUCGUACUGUUGUUUGAGACGGCUCCAAAGACAUAUUGAUCGUGGGCAAAGCAUGAUUGACAAGUUUGUAGAGCUGGAGAUGUGUGAUGGUACCGAUGAUACGCUUUGGACUGAGAUGGAGUGGUUAAGCGAGAAGGAAGGUGAGAUUCCUGCGGAAAUACCGCAACAAGAUCGGUUUCUUGUUGACCGUGUAGUCUUCUCGGCUGGUUUAUCAUGGCUCAUGGUUGCCAUCAGCUGCGACUUCGCGACCUUCUACUUCCUCGUCCUGAUACGGCGGCUAGGGGCUCGUUUACUGCCGUAA